GUGGGGCACUUACCUUACAGGGUGGGCUGGGGCUGGCUCUGACCCCCUCAGUCCCGCCCCUUCUGGGGGCCAGAGCUGGCCCCAGCAUAUAGGUAAGUCCCUCGACUUACUUUCACCCCUCAUUCUGAGUGACACAUGCUGGAGACUGCUGGAGUCAGAUCCCCUUGGGGGAUUUCUAAAUAUCACAGAGGACAAUUUCCUGGCUCAAAAAUUGCUGCAUCCCACACAAAUGCUAUAUGAGACCUCUUCCUGACGGAGAAAGAAUUGAUCAGAGAACUAAACAUCAGUGGUAGUUUGACUAAAAGUCAUUGUGACUUGAACACAUUGUUAUAUGCAAACACAGAACAGAGUCCAGGUGAGUAAUAUACAUGUAUAUUUUGUGCUUUAAAGGGCAGUUUCAUAAAGCGGAAAAUGAAUUGAGCUGAAUGAGCUCAGAAGAAGAAUUUAAAUGGAACAAAUGUGAAUGAGAAUUGAGUGAUGUUCAAGAACACUUUAGUCAAUGCCUAGAAGCUGACAAUUGACGAAGGCAGCAAACUGGCAAAAAAACCCACAAACCUGACUUGGAGGGGAACUGAAGGCAGUUCUAUAAAAUCAACCUAUCCACAUCAGCUCCAGGCUCCAAUCCAGGGCCCUGCAGUGCACAGCCAAGGCCUUCAUCUGCUCCAAGCAACAUUGACAAGAGGCAGUGGGUUCAAACUGCAGAUCUAGAGUCAAUCCCAGGAGAAACUUCCUCACUCACAAGCAGUAGGACAGUGGAACAGAGGAGGUCACGGAGGCUUCUUCGUGGAGGUUUUCAAAAGGGGGGCUGGGUAGCCAUCUGUCUCAGACGCAACAAACCCUGCAUUUUGGCUGGGGGUUAGACUAGAGGAGUAGUUCUCAAACCGCGACCCCCUUCUGACAAUAAAAUUACUGCAUGACCCCAGGCAGGGGAACGGAUGUCCGAGCCCCGCUGCCAGGCUGCAGAAUAACGACCCCGUUUUGCUCCAAACUCUCCCAUCUUCCUAGGGGCUGGGGCAGGGAAAUGGCUGUGGUGGAUCCAGCUCAGGAGUCCCCAGUCCCAACCUGCCCUGAUUGACCAGCUGGAAGCAGGGGAAGAGCCGUGGGUCCCAGAUCUCCAGGCCUCUGAGGAAAGCAACAUCCCAAGAGGCACCUGCACAGCAGGUGACAUGAGAAUGAGGACAGGAAUCCACAGCAGAAAUGUCCUGACCAAGUGGAACUGCAGGGGAUGGUGAAGAGCUGGACAGUAUUUUUUCCCAGUGCUUGGAACAGAGAAAAGCCUGGCGUAAUCAGCACAGGUCAGAGAGAAACUGGGAAACAGCCCAUGGAAGAAAGUGUAUGAAUCCACUGAAUGUGGGACAGGAGGACACUGAAUGUGUCCCCAGGAAACCACAGCCCAGCAGACAAUUCACAAAGAAAAGAAACCCUAUAAAUGCUUGGACAGUGGGAAAAGCUUUGUUCAGCAGUCUGGCUUUAUAAAGCAUGGGAGAAUCCACACAGGAGAGAGGCCAUAUAAGUGCUUUUAUUGUGGGAAAAGUUUCAGUGCACCAUCAGCCCGUUACAUUAGAAAACACAUAUGGGGUAGAAACCCUUUAAAUGCUUGGACUGUGGGAACAGUUUCAGUCAGUGCUCAAGCGUUAUUAAGCAUGGGAAAACCCACACAGGGAAGAGCCCCUCAGAUGUUCCUAGCAUGGGAAAUGCUGCAGUUGGAGCUAACACCACAUUGGCCAUCAGAGAGUCCUCCACAUAGGAGAGAAAUUCUCUCAGUGCCCUGCCUAGGGCUGGCUAUAGUAAAAAACCCCUCCAUUUCCUGGGGAGAGGCAGGGAGAGCAAAAGCCAGGUCUUGGCUCUGCCUGGUGCCCACGCUGUUGGGGGAAUGUGCUGCUGGGGGGACAGUGUCAGGGGAAUUUGCUGAAAGAGACUAACACAGCUAACCCUUGCAUAAUGACAGGUUUCAGAGUAACAGCCGUGUUAGUCUGUAUUUGCAAAAAGAAAAGGAGGACUUGUGGCACCUUAGAGACUAACCAAUUUAUUUGAGCAUGAGCUUUCGUGAGCUACGGCUCACUUCAUCGGAUGCACACCGUGGAAACUGCAGAAGACAUUAUAUACACACAGAGACCAUGAAACAAUACCUCCUCCCACCCCACUGUCCUGCUGGUAAUAGCUUAUCUAAAGUGAUCAUCAAGUUGGGCCAUUUCCAGCACAAAUCCAGGUUUUCUCACCCUCCCCCCGCCACACACACAAACUCACUCUCCUGCUGGUGAUAGCCCAUCCAAAGUGACCACUCUCUUCACAAUGUGCCUCUGGUGCUGCGCUCGCAGGCUCAGCCCGUGCCAGGGCCCAUGCGGCACCAGGAGGCUCUCAAGCUGCUUUGUGAAGAGGAUCAAACCCCCAUCAGUGUGGUGUGUGACAGAUCCCGGGCGCACCGAGCUCGCACUGUGGUUGCCAUAGAGGAAGCUGCCCAGGAGUACAAGGAAAAGAUCCAGGCCCGUUUGAAGUCUCUGAGGGAAGAGAGAGAAAAGCUCCUGCAAUUGAAAGUAAAUGGAGAGAAAAGAAGCCAGGAGUAUCUAAUCCAGACACAGGCCGAGAGGCAGAAGAUUUUGUCUGAAUUUCAGCAACUGCUGCAGUUCCUGGAGGAACAAGAGCGACUCCUGCUGGCCCGGCUGGAGAAGCUGGAAAAGGAGAUUCCGAAGAUACAGAAUGACAAUGCCAGUAAACUCUCUGAGGAGAUUUCCUGUCUCAGCAACCUGAUCAGUGAGAUGGAGGGGAACGGUCAGGAGCCAGCGAGUGAAUUCCUGCAGGAUCUCAGAAGCACCUUGAGCAGGUGUGAGAAGGGGAAGUUCCAGCAGCCAAUGGAGAUUUCUCCCAGCAAACUGUUCCUCUAAUGGAGAAUCUGAGGAAGUUCAAGGGCAGGCCUUGAAUUUACGACGUUCGAGUUAUGACAAACGGCACUUACGCCGUUUAUGAAACUGACACCCUGUUUCGACUUUCCAACAUCGUUUUUGAAUGCCCGGAGCCGGAACCAGCAGGUGAGGGGAGAGCCCCGGGGGAAAGGGCUGGGGCCGUGCAGGAAAGUGACUGCACCAGCAGCCCCUCCCUGCCCCAGCUCUGCUCCCGGGGCAGCUGACAGUCUCAGAGCUGGACAUUCGCUCUCUUAUCUCCCCCCCAGCCCCCAUUUUUCAUUCUUUCUUUCUUUCCUUCCUCCUCCUCCUAUCAGUAAUAGCCAGUAACUGAAAAUAAAGUGAGGGACCUUGAUUGUUCUUGUCGUCAAACUUAUUUUUCCAUAGACCACUUGAAAAUCGCUGGGGGUCUCGGUGGACCACGUAAUGAUCUUUCCAAAUAUUGUUUGUACCGUUAGCUAACUAUUGUAAAGCGCUUUGGAUAAGAGUGUUUAAAAGAAAUGUAAAAAAACAUUGGGGUGCAGGGUCUGGGAGGGAGUUAGGGUGCAGGAGCAGGCUGGGGGUUGGGGCAGGAGGCUGGGGUGUGGAGUGCUUACCUGGGACAGCUUCCAUUUGAUGUGAGGGGUGCAAGUGGGGAUGUGGGCGGGUGCAGGAUUCAGGAAGGACAGGGGGCUGGGGGGUGUGAG